AUGUCGUUUGUUGUCUCCGAACAUAAGAGAAAUUUUUUGCAUGAACUCCCAAAAUGUGAACAUCAUGUUCACUUAGAAGGUACCUUAUCACCAGAACUUUUAUUUCAGCUAUCUGAAAGAAACGGUAUUGAAUUACCAGAGUCAUUUCCUAAAAACGUUGAGCUCUGUAAUGAAAGAUAUAACAACUUUGCAGAUUUGCAAGAUUUCCUUGACCACUAUUACGUUGGAAUGUCUGUUUUAAUCAACGAACAAGAUUUUGAAGAUUUGGCCUUUGCAUAUUUUGUCAAGGCCAAAAACGAUGGUUUACAUCAUACUGAAGCUUUCUUUGAUCCUCAGGGACAUGUUGAGAGAGGCAUUCCAAUUGAAACUGUUGUUAAUGGGCUAAACAAAGCAUGCCAAAGAGCUCAAAGUGAAUUGAAUAUUUCAACUAAAUUAAUUAUGUGUUUACUUAGACACUUACCAUCACAUGAUGGUAUCAAAACAAUUGAAUCUGCUAAACCAUUCUACGAUCAAGGUAUAAUUCACGGUUUAGGAUUAGACUCGAGUGAGAAGCCUUUCCCACCAGAACUGUUUAUUGACUGCUAUAAACUAAUCAAAGAUAAUCAUCCACAUGCUGGAUUAACUGCACAUGCCGGUGAGGAGGCGGAUCCUUCAUUUAUUACAAACUCAUUGGACUUAUUGAACGUCACUAGAAUUGAUCACGGUGUUCAAAGUCAAAGGGAUGAAGAGCUGUUGAAAAGAUUAGCUAAGGAAAAGACAAUGUUGACUGUCUGUCCAUUGUCAAAUGUGAAAUUACAAGUCGUUAAAGAUGUUAAAGAACUACCUAUAAAGAAAUUUCUCGAAUUUGGUGUCCCCUUCAGUAUCAAUUCCGAUGAUCCUGCAUACUUUGGUGGCUAUAUUCUGGACAACUAUUUGGCUGUCGAAUCGAGAUUCCAAUUAACUGGAGAAGACUGGGUCACUAUUGCUAAGAAUGGUGUAGAUGGUUCUUGGAUUGACGAGGAGAGAAAGAGGGAGCUACAUGACGAAAUCGAUAGAGUGUUCAACAAGUACAGAGACCUCAUUUAA